UAGCGGGGGAGACCGAAGGAAAUGAGACAACCUUUUCCUCCCACGGACUCAGGCUCCUCUAGAGUGUGCAAGGCUGGAGGAAUCCCGAGGCCGGUUGUGCGCGUCCCUUGCUCAGUCUUGACUGGGGAGGGCCGCCCCAAAUUGCUCUCCGGCGCGCGCCGGUGCCUCAGCCACAGGGCGCAGCAGCACGUUGCUGUGCCCUUCCCUAGGUGAUCUGAUCUACUCCAGGCCCCCUGACUCGGUCCCCGGAAGUACUCGCCGGCGGUCCCAGAAAAGGAGAGGAGAGGGAGGGGCCGUGCUGAGCCUGAAGAAGUGUCCAGGAGCUCUUCUCCCAAUGCCACAUGAAGCUGCCCUCAGCCCCAGCACAGAGCCAGUGGCCGCGCAGCCCUUGGAGAUGGCUUUGCUCAGCAGCAUCCUGGCAGCCUGGGCCUAUAUCUCAGAAAACCCUGAGCGAGCCGCUCUGUACUUUGUCUCUGGCGUGUGCAUCGGCCUGUUCCUGACCUUGGCAGCCUUGGUGAUGAGAAUCUCCUGCCACACGGACUGCCGGCAGGGUCCCCGGAGGAGGUGCUUGCAGGACCACGAGAGCAGCAGUGACAGCAGCGACAGCGAGGAUGGUAGUGAGGACACAGCCUCGGACCUCUCGGUGCGCAGACACCGUCGCUUCGAGAGGACUUUGAACAAGAACGUGUUCACGUCUGCAGAGGAGCUGGAGCGCGCACAGCGGUUGGAGGAGCGCGAACGAAUCAUCAGGGAGAUCUGGAUGAACGGGCAGCCUGAGGUGCCGGGCACCAGGAGCCUGAACCGCUACUACUAGGGCUCAGUGUGGACGCCAGAACCUCUGCAGACCUGAAAAAGAGAGUGGGUUCUGCAGGCAGGGACGAUGUGCACGAGCUGAGGCCAGCUCUGUUAAUGUGGCCGGAGAGUGCAGAGCGCCAGCCUACUUCCCAAGAGCAUUGGGGUUUGCUUUAGACUCUUGCCUCUGGAGAAAUAGACAACCCAGGCAGGGGUAUCUGCCUUUUCAGGUCUUGACACCCACCUGGACACACCAGCCCAAAGCUUCCCGGUCUUGGAAAGGUGCUAAGGAUUUCCUCUCCAACCACGUGACAGCGAUGUGAUGAGCUGAAAGUCCUUCCGAAGUGCUCAGAAGUUUGGGCGGACUUGUGCUAUUCCUUUACAAAAGGAAAAAAAAAGUCUCAUAGCUGGAGAGCUGGGACAUCAGGGUGACCAUAACCCAGAAAAUGUAAUUUUCUAAAGGACUCCGUGUAGAGGAAGUGGUUUUGAUUGAGAUAGCAUGAUCCAUGCUAAUUAUUUAAAGCUAAUUUUUAAAUGAAAAAAAAAAUCUUGGCAACCUCUGCAUUUUAACUGACACCUCAGGGAUUAAAAUCCUAUUUUUUAGUCUAGUUCCCACCUCAUUCAUGAAGAUGAAUAGAACUUACUGUUUAAUGAGAUGUGUUGGAGACCUAGGACACAUCAAUAACCUCAGAGGAUAAAGGGUUUUAUUUUUUAGUAGUUUAUGAAAUAUAUAUUGACAUGUGUAUUUGAAAAUGCUGCAUAAAAAAUAGAAACCAUGGGUCCUUCCCUUUUGGAGAGAUAAGUCUCAUGACUUCAGAGAUUCAUAAUAUUUAAAUAAUAUUUUGUUUUAAAAAAUAGUUUGGAUUUCCAAGAAGAGAAUGGAAACCAGAGGUGAGAAUUAAAGCCAAAAUUAGAAUGGUGUCUAAAAUAAACAUUCCAUGAAAAUCUU